AUGCAUUUCUAUCGUUCUAUUCUCCCCUUCGUAUUUGGCUUUCUCUGCAUCGCGUACUCUGCUACAUCUCAACCUAUCUUUGGAUUGCAUGCGACAUCUCAAAAUUUUAAGCGAGUAGCCACUGACCAAAGGAAAGUUAUAGUCAAGUUUCACCAUUGUUGCUCCCCACAACCCAAUGUCGAGACGGCGUUCAUGGUCCGCCUUAGGAUCAAGAAGAAAAUUCAGCACGAUGUUGGGGGCUCCAUUCCCAUCGUUUUCGAAGAAACUGGAGCUCCAGAUUUUGUCGGCAACACAAUUGGGUUCGACGUUACCUGGGUAGAAAAUGGGCGUCAAGUCUCUAUCACUGAAGGAAAAGUAGUAGAGGUGCAGACGAGCAGUGGUAAGAGUCCUAGUUACUGGAAAGUGGAAUUGGGGGUAGUACCACAGGCGGUUCAUGUGGUGGAGCUAGAAGCUGGCUACGCUGGAACGCCCGGUAUAAGCAUCAAUGGUUCUCCGGUGAGCAAUGCGAAACCAGGGAGAACCGACACACAUAAAUAA